CCCUAAUCAAUGGCAACCCAAAAAUCCCUAACCCUCCUAUCCUUCCUCCUCACAACCCUAACAUUAGCAACACUCUCCAUCACCUCCAACGCCGGCGGCAUCGCCGUCUACUGGGGCCAAAACGGCAAUGAAGGUUCUCUAGCUGACACAUGCUCGUCAGGCAACUACAACUACGUGAUCAUCGCCUUCCUUGUUACCUUUGGCAAUGGCCAAACUCCAGUCCUCAACCUUGCAGGACACUGUGACCCUACUAAUGGUGGUUGUGCUGGUUUCAGCGCUGAUAUCAAGGCGUGUCAAGGCCAAGGUAUCAAGGUGUUUCUUUCUCUCGGUGGAGCCUCCGGCAGCUACACUCUUGUAUCUUCUGAUGAUGCUCAGCAGGUGGCUGACUACCUUUGGAACAACUUCCUCGGAGGAUCAUCGUCUUCACGGCCGCUCGGAGACGCUGUUCUCGACGGUAUUGAUUUCGAUAUCGAGGGUGGAACUACUCAAUACUGGGACGUGCUUGCUCAGAAGCUCUCCCAGUAUAGCCAACAAGGAAAUAAGGUGUAUCUAUCGGCGGCGCCGCAAUGCCCAUACCCGGAUGCAUAUGUGGGCACAGCACUCGGCACCGGACUCUUUGACUAUGUCUGGGUGCAGUUCUAUAACAAUCCUCCAUGCCAGUACUCCGGCGGUGAUACUAACUUGAUUAACUCUUGGAACACGUGGACAUCUAAUGUGCAGGCCACUAGUUUCUUUGUGGGAUUGCCGGCGUCGACGGACGCCGCCGGAAGUGGGUACAUGACAUCAGAUCAGCUGAUAAAUGAGGUGCUCCCUUCCAUCAAGAGUUCAGACAAGUAUGGAGGCGUCAUGCUUUGGAAUCGUUACUAUGAUCUUUCCAGUGGGUAUAGCUCUGCAAUUAAGGGCAGUGUUUGAAGACCUUUACUAUUAUAAUAGGAAAAGGAAUAAUACUAGCUAGAAUAAAGAGCAAGAGUACUUGUUCCAUUAAAUGUUUGCGUUCAAAAGUCUACGUUGAGGGUGAUGAUCAGAAGUUGUUUGAAGAUUCAUUUAUCCAAUGAACGGAACCAUAUAUAUGUAACUUGACAAGUCUUCUUUGUAACACAAGUACACACUACUUCAAAUAUAAGCCAUCCUUUUUAUUCCAA